UGGAAGCAGAAAGAAUCACAGAUUGCCUAAAAUGAACAAGAGGGAAUUCAAGAGUCUGUUGUUUCUACUGGGGUUUUUCUCAGUCCAAACGAAGGCAGGAAGAGAAGUGAACAUGGCAACUUGGGGCAGAGCCAGUCAGUCGUCACUAUAUAGAAACUGGCAUGCACAAAACGCUCUGGAUGGGAGAAACUACACCUGUAGUCAUACUGCAUCACAAAGUGACCCGUGGUGGACACUGGAUCUGCUGAAGUCGUACAGCGUGAGCAGAGUGACCAUCACUAACAGACUUGACUGCUGCGAACAGAGGAUAAAGGGGGCAGAGAUUCGGGUUGGAAAUGAUUCUACAAAUGUUUUCAGCAACCCAGUAUGUACUGUGGUUUCUACUAUUCCAGCAGGAGCUACGAACAGCUACUCGUGUCAAGGGAUGGAGGGACGUUAUGUUACUGUGAAUAUCGCUGGAACUUCAAAGAUUCUCACUCUCUGUGAAGUGAGAGUCUAUGUGAUGUUUCCAGAUAAUUUGGCAACAGGACGAACCGUCACACAGUCAUCAACCUAUGGCACCUGGUUUGCUGAACAUGCCAUUGACUUCAGUCCAGAUUCCAGUAUGUUUUGGUCAUCAUGUUCCUCAACCGAUGUUCAGACUAACCCAUGGUGGAUGGUGGAUCUGCAUUAUAUUUACAGAGUAAGCAGAGUUGUCAUCACAAACAGACUAGACUGCUGUCCAGAACAAAUAAACGGAGCUGAGAUCCGCAUCGGAAACUCUUUGGAGAACAACGGCAACAACAAUCCCCUAUGUACUGUGAUUUCUAGCAUUCCAGCUGGUGUUUCUUCCACCUACCUAUGUAACAACAUGGAGGGUCGAUAUGUGAAUCUGUUCAUCCCUGGAGAUUCAAAGAUUCUUACUCUGUGUGAGGUGGAGGUCUAUGGAGAAGGUGUCCUUUUUUCCCAGACCUUUGUGACGGUGAAGCUGAAGUCCAGUUUGAGUCUGUCUGAACCUGAUUUGAGAGUUCAGCUCCUGUCACAGCUGCAAACUGCUCUGGCUAAACGGGGGAUGUCUGAUGUGACGCUGCAGUGGUCUCAUAAACAGAAAGUGAUGUGGAAGGAAGCUGCACAAAGUGAAUGUGUUCAUACAAACACUGGAAAACUGAAAAGGAGUGUUGAUUUUGAAUUAAAACAAUUAAAAUAAUAUGCAUAUAUUACAAAUGAAAUGGAAAGUGACUUUUUAAUGAUGUAAUGAACUGUUUUAUUUACAGCUCAGUGUGCUGUAAGAAAGAAAUGAUGAUGAUCAUCUUUGAUGUUCUUCAUUUACAUGCUAGAAUAUUCUCUGUUCCUUAAACGAGAACUCCAC